AUGUCUCUGAGAACUGAAAGAGCAUGCAUGUUGUGUGGCCUUAUCCAGCCAUUCAAGAAGUUUGUGGAUGGUGGAUGUCCUAAUUGUGAAAGUGUAUUGCAUUUCCAAGAUAAUGAAGAUAAUCAGGUUCAAGAUUGUACUUCUCCAUCCUUUGAAGGGCUUGUAGCCUUGGGUAACGACAACAAGAAGUCGUGGGUUGCUAGAUGGCUUCGUAUUGACUCGUUUGUUCCCGGCUUAUACGCGGUUAAAAUCAACGGGAAGUUGCCCCCACACGUCAUAGGUGACUUAUCGGAACAAAAUAUUUCAUAUAGACCAAGAGACGGCAGUGCCGAAGAUUGA